CAGGAGGAGAGCCCGGCAGCUGGAAGACUGGCUGUUUCCUGAAGUAUUUAUAACAAAAAGAGACUGAAGAGGAGAGAGGCUGCCAUGGUUUCAGUCCACAAUGGUGAGGGUGCGGCUGAAACUCAACACAGACCUGUGCUCCUUCCCCCUCAUGAGCUGAAAACCCCCCAGAGAGGAAAGAACUGGAUCUCAUCCAACUUUGUGUUUGUUAUUAGCAGAGUAUUUUGUACAAUAUUGUUAUACUUAAGAGUCUUAAAGUGCAAAUAAGCCUAUGUAAAACCAUUUAUUAUUUGGCCCCCACAUUGUAAGCCUUUGUAUAUUGUUUUAAUAUUCAACCCUGCUCAACAUUUUCCAUCUUUCAUGUUUCUUCUCCGUUUGCUCUCAGUGGAUGUAACCACUGACCUGCAUCACUCUGCAUUCAUCACUAUCAACAACACCCCAACGGCAGUGAAAGUGGGCGCUUACAUCCUCACACAAACUGAACAUUUGAUUCAGGUCAUGAAAUUCAGGAAAGAAUACAAAAUAUGUCCAUUACUCUGAAAGGUGACAUCAGUAAAUCGAUGUUAUAUGGGGAAUCUUCCUACAUGGACACACACAGUAUGGUGUGAAAAAGCAAAACGGAACAAUUGAGCUUCAUUCACAACAUUAAACUUUAUAAACGUUCUCACUCUGUAGAUUUUUUAGAAAAUGCUUGUACAAGAGAGACAUUUUACUUCUUAGCAAUUCAAUUCUUUCAGAAUUCACACAAAAAUUGUAUGCAUAUAAAAGAUCCUGCAAGAAUGACUACAGAAAAACGUGUUUUGUACCACUUUUGGAUUGUUGAGGGGUUUCAAAAAUAGGAUUUGAAAAAUGGGGGGAAAAGUAUGGAAAAUUUCAGCAUACUAAAGACAUUAAAAUACUGUAUAUACACACAUAUGUAAAUGAAUAAAAUAGUUAAAAAUUUUUUAAUAAAAACAAAAAUAAAUAUAUAAAUAAAUAAAAACACAAGACAAAAACAACAAUAAAAACAACUACAAACAAACAAAGCAGAAAAAAAAUUCAUCAGCAUAUACAUAUCUUUAUCAUUUACCUCUGGGUAUCAUUUUUAAUCUUCAUAAUCUACCUCCAUUGGUAGAUGGAGGGAGUGGGAGAACAGGUUUUAAAGGAAGUUUUUAAAGAAGCUUGGGAAAAUUAUGCUGCAAAAAGAAGAGAAAAAACACAAAGAAGUUGAUGUAACAACUUAGAGUCAAUUUUCCAACCUGAUUCACUCAUUUAAACUGUCGUAAUGGUUUAAUGUCUGAAUUUCUAUGAAUGGAAGUUUUUAUUCAGUGAAAUAACUCUCAGGUGUGUCUCUGGCCCCGCCCCCAGCUCCUCGAACGCUCUGAUUGGCUGGUUCGAACAGCGCAGCCCACAAACACACAGCAGCGGAGAACAUGAGUAACUCUGCUGCUGCUGCUGCAAACCGGGACGUUCACCAACUGAACAUUUCCCACAAGGAACAACGGUCCCACUUCAUCGCAAACCACCUGGAUUUUCUUCUUGAAGACUCUUCUCGCUCCUGUGCUGCUGGUGAGUCACAAACUUUAACUUUAUACGUGGAUUUAAAAGAAAAAAUGAAAGUUUUUCCUGAAAGUUUUCGCUUGAGUCGCUUAAAAGUUCCUCCACUCACCCCAAAAUCCAUGAGGGAGCCUCGUGGACGCUGUUAAAUGGGAAUGAGAUCGAAAAUGAAACUAAGACGUUUAUUUUAAUAUUCAUAUGACGUUUAAAAUCUCAUUAUUGUAGCGAUAAAGUCAGGUAAAAUGCAGAGAGUUGGAAAAUAACGCGAUGUUUCAAGUUAUGUUUGAGAGUUUCACAUUUAUUUCGCCUAACUUAUCCAUAGAGGAUGCUAAAACUUUCAUUUGGUGUAUUUAAAUGCUCAUUAUUUUUAUUUUUUGCCUUAUUUUAUGUGUUACUGUUUUCCCCUUCAACACCUGUAAUCUGCAGCACAAUAACAUCCCAGUUUGUAUAUCCAUUUAUCUAUUAAUGCUUUGUUUAUACUUACCUGUUAAACAGAUCUCUCACUUUACUUUCCCAAUGAGCUACAAUUACAUUUAAAUGAAGCUGCUCCUUAAACCAAUUACCACCCCUGCUGUGUGCAGAUUUCACUCUUACAUAAUGACACUGACUGACCUGAGCGUGUUUGUGUUGAUUGUGAGACAACAGUGUGUACUAUGAGCACAUUUAUCCUUGAUUGGCAGGUGGACAUUAAUAGGUAAGAGGAUCAGCGGUGUAGUUGUGCAUAUCUAAGUUAGGAGACAGUGUUUCCUGCAGAGUCGCAUGAGGAUGGUGUAGGAUAAAGUGGAUGUUGUGUUUGUUUUUGAGGCAAUACAGUAUAAUACAGUCCUCAAUGCAGUUUCAGUCAUUAAAGUGAUAUUCCGGCGUAAAAUCAAUUUAGGAUCAAACACAAACAUCAAUCAUACCGAGACGCUAAGGCAGAAGAACUACGUCUGCAGAGCAAAAUGAUAAAUAUGGUGAUUAUUACUUCAAAGAAACGAUAAAGAAAUUAUCAUAAAUGUUCUUCCUUGAGCUGCGUCACCCCGCUGUAGUCCGUAAUGGACUGGCCUGAGGUUUCGCUACAAACAAACGGCUGCUGGAAGAGAGUAGGUGAGUUGUGUUUAGUCUCUUUGCUAAAGAAAUUAGGGAAAGUAAAAAAGAUGUUUGGUGGCUAGUACUAUGGCUGGGACCCUGUACUGUUGAUGAAGUUAGGUGCUGUUCUGAGCAUUAUUUGUGGCUAUAGAGUGGCAUUUUGGUUGAGGUUUGUUUAUGGCUCCUGAAACCACUGUGUAUUGCUAUCGUACAGUCGUUACUGAAGUUGGUAAAACUAGAGAAGCACGCGGUCGGGUGUCUAACUCGUUGUUACGGUGUGUUUGACCCUAAAUUGAUUUACACUGGAAUAUCGCUUUAAAGCUCCUGUGAGGUACUGUUGUUUGAGUUGGUUUUGGCGCCCCCUGCAGACAGGGUUCAUGUCAAGGUGGCACUUCCUAACAAAAUAAAUGUGGAACUGCUUUCUUCUACGGGUCAGGGGUAUUGCACACUGUAAGUUUUCGCCUUUUUAGAGGAUACAAAAAUGUGCUUCUUUAAGAGCUCGUCCUCAGAGGUAGCUGUGCUAAUAGGGGUGAGCAAGGGAGCCUCUAAACUCCGAUCUGACGGCUAAAUCAUUAAAUAUUGAUAUUCCAACACACUGAACCUUUGCUACUGGUGCCAGAGUCCUCCGUAUCUGUCAAGACUCAAUUUUUUGUGAGACUAAUUUGAGAUUAUUUCAGAUUAUUAUGCGUUAUUCACCUAUUCAAGUGCAGGUUGAAGGCUGUGAUCGUUGCUAAUGAUGAAAUUACAGCACCCUCUACUGGACAAACAAUGUUGUGACACAAUAUAAAUCUUGUGAAACAUUCUGUAUAUGCCAAUACCAGUCUAAAAUUAGGGCCCAUUAUGCUCUGAGGCUCGUGUUCCCAUUGUGCCAGAAUAAUUGAGAAGGGUGCAUAAAUUUGAAGUCCUGAUAUGCGACAGUCCUGGUUUCCUUAGAGAGGAAACUAUGAUGAAGUAAAGCCGGGGCAGGUGCUUCCACACACCAGGAAAAGACCAGUUCACACACUUCACCUCAGACCCUGGUGGUUCGGUUUAUUUUUGUCCUCACAACAACAAUAACAAGUUUAAUGUGUUCGACCUUGUGUUGGAGUCUUUUCCUUUUUUUCCCUCAUUCAUACGAGUCUAACGUGAAGCCGUGGUUUAGAGUGAAUGACUCUUUCCACUUUAAAAUCUAGUGCAUGUCAUUGCUAUUUUAUGUUACUACUAUUACACACGGAGUUCAUGAAAUUUUAAACUCAGUAUUUGAAAAAGGGGAAGAGGCUGAAUGAGAGCAGGCGUGUUGCUGUUAUUCAUCCUCACAUGCUGCUCAUGGAAUAUUAACUAUUUCCUUUUUUAGUUAUAUAUCUCAUGAGGAUCACAUCCAGAGACUUUCACCCUCUGAAUCUAUCCAAACAUUAUUCUGCUCAUUGGUUUAGUUUGUCCUUAUAUGAAACUGUUAAAAUAAGAGUCAGAGAUGAAGUACACAAAACCAAUCUAGACUUUGGUCGUAUUCUUUAGGGUUUGUUUGCCUUGAGAACAAAAAUACACUCUCAGAAUUUUAAGUUUUAAAAGUUUUACCCUCUUUUCCCCCCAAAAUUUUUAUUCCUAGAUGACAGCGAUUUGUUUUUCAGCUGGGAAAACCAACAAGAAUGAAUGAUAAAGUAAAUCAAUGAGCUGAAAUUAGUUUUUUAAGUAUAAUUUUUGGGCCUUUUGUCUUAAUUUUUUAGGACAGCUUCAAGAAAAAGACAGGAAACAUGAAGAUAGCGAGGGUCAAUGACGUGCGUCAAAUCAUGUUGUAGCCAGGAUUCAGGAAUCAAUCCUCGGACUGUAGCUCUGUGCAUGUGGCACCUGCUCAAAUGAGCCAAACCAGCACCCUUUAGUAACCUUUUCAGAGCUGAUCUUGCACUAAUAUAACAUGCAAAGGCACGUCUUCUGCAUUGGAAGGUUUGUAAAAUAAGGCUUGAGUACAGAACCUGUCUGCCAGCACUGAGGCGUCUCUGAUUGGUUCAUAAAAGUUGGUUUAUCUGCAGUUUAGUUUGACCAGGAAGUAAAUAAAACAGAGUUUAAUGGUCACUGUAUACCUGACUGAAUACAGAGAGUAUCUGGGUGUGUUAAUUGGCAGAGUUAUUACGUGAAAAAAGUUUAAAAAACAGCUGUUUUCACUGUUACUUUAAAGCUGCAGUAAGGAAGUUUUUUUGUUGACAUUGGCGCCCCCUGUAGACUAAGAGAAACCUCUUCUCUCUUGUCCUGUACAUAUGAAAGCUGAGUUUUCAGACCUAAUCCUGUUUUCUUUAUUCAUUAUUAUUAUCAUUUUAAGUUAAAACAAGUUUAUCCACCAGCUUGUAAACUUUAUGUCACUCGUGGCUCUAAGUUCACCGGGUCAAAGUGAAGGUGUCACAGUAACGUUGUUGUCCCCUGUCAGCCUGUAUAACGAUCCGUCACCAGACCAGCAGAAAAACAAUACACCAGUGUGUUGGAGACAAAGCUGUCAGUGAAUGAGGAGCGGCCCUAAUUCCAACUAUCUUCAUAAUCACCAUCUGCUUGAUGUUUGGCAUCAGGCCUCACAGCUCGAGCCUGCCAGGGUCCCGAAAGUUAAGACCGGGGCUCUCUCACAAACACACACAGCAGAUGAGACAAAGAGGGCUUAAUGAGUUAAAAAUGCACGUGGGCACAUAUGGGCUGUGAUGCUGCGUGUGUGGACACAAAAGAGAUGAUAAUGAAAUCUUGGAUUAGCCCUCAUGUAUUUAGGGUACGGCUUUGAGGAGGGGCUGGUGAGAGGUGGGCGUGGCUGCCUGUGGUUAAGUGUGUGUGCGUGUUUUAAAUGGUUGUUUGGUUUUGUAGUGGAUCAUGCAUUAUAAAAUGGUUUGGAUUAGCAUCAUUUGGACGCUGUGAGAUAAAGGAGCGAUCACUGAUUUAUUUCUGAGUGCUUCAGGUCUUCUCAAGAACUUUUUAUCCCAUUUGAUAAGUGAGGUUGUUGGUCAGUAAUAUUUGUAACAGGACAGAGAAGUGGAAUAGUGUGUUUUUACUAACGCUAAUGUUUUGGUUAGACUUUUCGCUCUUGCUCUUCAGCUGGUUAAUACUGUGUCCAAACUGACCACUCGUCACCUGAAUAAGUCAAUAUUACUCAAAACGUGGUUGGAAACCGAUCACCUGAAGCCAUUUUGGUCUAAACAAACCAUAAACAUGAAUAAACCAACUCAUUUAUCCCCUCAGUGAUCAGGCAGCUAAAUGCUGAGAAGUAGCGGAUUGGUGGCCUGUGUUGGAUUUUAGGGUGUUGAAACUGGGUCUCAGGAUUGUUUGAGUUCUUAUUUUACUCCUUUUUAUUGCAUUAUUUCUUGUUGCAUUUUGAUUAUUCCACUGUUGAACAUAUUGCACAUGUAUUUAUUAUCUAGUUAUUGAUUUAUUGCUGAUUUGUGGUGCUGACUGGAGAACGUUUGGGCCGUAUGCUGCUGUGAAUGUUUGGUAUUUGUCUGUUCCUUGACCGUUUAAUAACAAAGCGGGUUACUGUGAAGUGAAUUGCCCUUCUGGUCUUAAUAAAGUCAUCUAAAUCUGAAUAAAAAGUCGUUUAUUUAUUAGUUUGAUCGUUGUAACCUAAAAGCUUUCUUUCCCAAUUCAGUUUGGACUUUGAAAAGAGCACUGCUCAACUUCCAGUGAACACGGUGGUGAGCUCCAUCCUUCGGGGGUGAAAGAGAAGAAUUGUAGUCCAGUAUUUUGCUCAGAGUGGCAUAAUUCAGUAUUUAGGAUUGAAUCGUUUUAUAUGCAGAAGAAGUCAGGUGGAAAAGUAUAAAGAGCUCAGAGGUUCACUCCAGGUUGUGGUUGGGGGGUAAAGUCCUUAACUCUGCACAACGAGGACAAAUUUCCAUCAAUAAUUAAGAUUUAAUGAUCCCAGUGUCGUCUGUUAGAAAAUCUAAUCUAAGAGGAAAUAUUUCCUUUUUCUUCUGUUUCAUGUUUCUCUUGUUCGGUGACACUUUUAAUCACUUUAUCGCCAUGACGCCAUCAGGAAGCAGAUUUCUCCCACCAUGUCUAAGUUGUGGUGAGGCUGAUUAAGGUGAAAGGUGCCCCAGUUUUCAAAUCCUAUCCUCAUCCCAACACACACACUCACACACACACUCACACACACGCUCUAACAAGGAUUAUUUUAUGACAAACAAAGGUGGCUAAUUAGGCUGAGCUCCGCGACCCUUGACCCCUCAGGUCUCCUUGGCUCGACCUUCUGUGAAUGGCUUUGGAAGGGGAGACGGGGCUUAUCUGAAGUGACCCUGAUGAAGCCUGUUACACGGCGGAGAAAAUAGGCCGUGAUUAUUGGCAGAAAUCUGAGGCGUCAUGAAACUAAAUGAAUGUUGUAAAUCAGUCGGUUUCUGCAGCUGCCAAAGGUAACUGAACUAAUGAUGAGGCGCACUUCUGUUCACGAUGAGAUGUCAGUUUCUCAUAACUGAUCAGCUGUGUGUGAGUGUGUGUGUGUGUGUGUGUGUUAGGUGUGUGUGUUUAGGUUCUUCAAACUGCCGCUUCUGACACUGCAGUUAGUCCACCGCUGUGUGAAUGUGUGUGAGAUCAGCAGAAACCUCUAAAGCAGGCGUCCUGCCAGGUCUGCUGCAGCUUAAAGGGCGCAGCGCCUCUGUGGCGGUCACUGCAGAUCGCCUCUGUUAAACCGAGCGCUGACGUCACGCAGAAAGAAGAUGACUCUUAGGAAAAAAACAAAAAAAAACAAAGGAUAAAUCUCUAAAUGUGUGUUACUCGGACAAAGUGAGCUGUAUGUUUGCAAACCAAACGGGGACAUAUGAUGUGUCAUCUGACUUCAUGCACACACUCAGUCCAUUCAUUCAAGUGUAACCGUCGGGCUCGGAGACUCUGCUCGCCUGAAUGAGGAUCUCUUUUGAGGAAGCGUAGUUUAGAUAUCCGCUCAGUUUGUCCUCGAAGCGUGCUCAUGGUUUCAUAUCUGUUGUUCAGAGCAUCUGUCAUCGUUAUAGUGAGGAUUUCUACAGAUAAGGGAAGUCAGGGAGACGGAGUGAAUGGGAUUUUUUUUCCCCCACUGACUAGUCUAAAGAUAAGCGAACAUGAGCGAAAUCUCCAGCCUUCAGUCUGGACUGAUCAGACACAGACUUCCUAAAACUUCGUCUUCAGAUCGUAGAUCAGCUAAACUGUCCUUAGAGAUGUCAUCAAUUAUCUGUGCCUGCUUACAUCCAGGCAGUCGAGCGUUAUUACAGUAUGGUACAGCUCUGACAUAUGACCAGCAAAUCAGAGAAUAUCACUUCUUUAACCACAGGUACCAAUAUCGAUGAUCUAUCAGUUAGGCGGUGAGGCAGCACGGCAAUGAAGAAUAUGAUGAUGAUGAUGAUGGUAUACCUGCUGCUCGGGUUUAUGGACUGGAGGAAAAAGAAGAAUCGCAAAUAAGGCUGCAAGCUCGAUUUUGAUUCUUGCAAAGGAGUCAUUCUCACAACUCCUCCAGUGACGUCAGCCUUUGGCCAAUCAGUAACCUGCGGUCUGAUGACAUCCUAUUUUCAGCUCGACUUACCUGGGAUUUCCGCCGCAUUAGGAACGGCUCCGAUCUGGAACGGCGCGAUUUUCGCUGUACACCAAUUCCUACAAGAUCUGUUUGUGAGGCGAAUUUCGUGGUGGAUUACAGACAGAAGGAGAACUCACAAGAACCCGCGGAUUCACGUGUAAAGCCACAUAGGCUAACCAUAUAAGCAGUAGACUGUGUCCUUCCAGAGGAGGAAAUCUACUUCUAGACUUCUAGAAUCAGCAUCUCCUCAUCCAUGGUGUCAUUAGGGUGAAAUGACGUCUAAAAACCUUUCACUUGUUUGUCCUCGCCCGUUUGCAUGGUGUGAAAUAUGAUCCACCUGAAACACGGAGUGUUUUAUUUUGAAAGGAAUCCGGAUGUUUUAUUUUGUGUCCUUGACUUCCUUUCCAGCACGGGUUAAUCUGUGCUGAAUUUAUCUGGCAUGCUCCGGCGUCCGGAAAAAAUAGAACUCUUGCGAUCAUCUGCGGAAUCCAACGAUCCGCAGCGCAACCGAAAGAAUCUGGUGGAAAUUGACACAUUAACUUGAAUGGUUACGAUCGGCGGAUACGGCUCUUUUAUAGCUGUUCCGAAUGUGGUGGAAAAAGAGUCAUGUAUAAAUCCAUUAUUCCCUGCAGGUUAAAGUCAAAUAUCUUGAUAUUUGAUGGAUUUUUGAAGAAUUGAUGAUACUAAAGGCUCCAGAAAACGUCUCAUUUUAAUCUCUCAGAACAAAAGAGGUGCUGCUCUUGAUCGAGUCAGUUUUUCCUCUAUUAUAUUAAGUUGGAAACAAGCGAACCUCCUUUUAAAACAGCAGAUCAAACUGAGCCGUCGACCACCAGAUCUCAUGGUCUACUUGGUACAAUUACUGUUUUAGUCCGAGGAGUCUGGUGACUCCGAGGAGAGUGAUGUAAAGCUGAAUUUGGUUAAAUAAAACACUGUUUCACCAUCUCUUUACUAUUGUUACGAGAAUCUUAAAAUAACAGUCUGAGCUUGUAGGUGGAAAAACUUUGACUCAACCACUUCUUAGUCAGUCAGCCCCGCUUGUGAAAAUAGUGGAAGUCCCCUUUUCGUUUUAUAUGUUUCAUUGAGAGACUCUUGACUUCCUCUUGUUUCCUCAAAUCUGCCGCUGGGUCGAGUCUUUUCUCUUGGGAAGCAGAGGCCGACAUGUUUUGAGUAAAUACACGGCUGAUUUUAUCUUCAUUAUGACGCCAAGGACAAUCUUAUCUCAUGGCAGCUCAUGCAGACUGGAGGUCUCGCACUGGUUUUACUUCUGGUCCAGCAGGUGAAGUAAAGCAGAGCAGGAAGUCUGAUCCUGAGUCAGCACCGGGGGUCUUUUGAAACCCCGGAGGUGACCCGGUGGCGUGUGGUGAGCCGAGGAUUAGCGUCAACAAAUCAAAAUGGGAUUGGCAGGUGGCUCCCACUCAUUCAAGCCUUUAAGAUGGACUUUACUCCCACUGUCUAACCUCUGAGGAAAGGCGGCUCAGACAAGGACGAGAGGAAGGAGGCCAGGAAAGGUUCUAAUCCCGCUUGAAAGGAGACGAGUCUUUUUAGUGAAGAAAACCUCCAGGAGCAAGCUUGCACAGGCCCGCUUUAGAAAGUAGAGUUUGAUUGAAGAUGUGGGGUUCAGUCCUCUAACAAACGGCUGACACAUAUUUACUUUGGGUAACUGAAUGAAUUUCUCCCCGCACACUCUGCAGCCGGGCCCCUUCUGUGAUGAAGAGGGAGGGGGGGAGGCCAGGCUUUAAAUGAAACGCUCCUCUGACGGGGUAAUUAAGCCCAGACACAAAGGGCUCAGCAGGAAGGAGUUUAAUAGAUGAGGAGUUAGUAUUCUCCAGGGGGGGAGCCAGGUCCAACAGAACCCUUUUGGACUGCAGGGGGACGAAGGGUAAGGGUGGCAGGGAGGCCCUGUGAGUUGGCCCGCGGCCACUUCCCACUGCGGUUACACCACAAGGACACACAAAGAUAUUACUCAUCCGUUUCUGUCUGCUCAUGUUAACAAAUAAAAUGCCCCAAAAUAGAGCCUCUUUUCCACACAAAAACCUCUUAAAUAAGAUUAUUCUGAGUCCUGUUUAGACUGAGAAGCUUUAAUCAGGAGUGAUAUGAUGCCAACACAGCAGGGCUAAAAUACAGCGAAUGACAGACACGGGUUUGCACCACGUAUCGAAUAUGGUGAAAGGAAAACGAGAGCAAACAGUCGAUCAUGAUUGAUAAGAUAAAAACGCAGCAAGUUUGAGGAGAUUCUCCUGUUGAGGAGUUUACAAGUCCAACUUUUUAGGUCUGUUAUUUCUUUAUAAUAAUAAGAUUGUUAAAAGAGGUAAAAGUCGUCAUUUCUCAAAUGUGGAUCCAACUUAAAGGGAUAUUCUGGCGUAAAAUUAAGUUAGGGUCAAACACACCGUAACACCGAGUUAGACCCCCCCUCCAGAGAUGAAUGUCGCCGACCGCUUGCUUCUCUAGUUAUACCAACUUUAGUAACGACCGCAUUUAGCAAUACAGAGAGCCACACGCUCAACCAAAACGCCACUCUAUAGCCACAAAUAAUGCUCAGAACAGCACCUAACUUCAUCAACAGGACAUAUAGGGUCACAGACAUAGUACUAGACACCAAACAUCUUUUUAACUUUGACUCAUUUCUUUAGCAAAGAGACUAAACACAACUCACCUACUCUCUUCCAGCAGCCGCUCGUUUGUAGUGAGACCUCAGGCCAGUCCAUUACGGACUACAGUGGGGUGACGCAGCUCAAGGAAGAACAUUUAUGAUCAUUUCUUUAUCAUUUCCUUGAAGUAAUAAUCAUCAUAUUAAUCAUUUUGCUCUGCAGACGCUGUAGUUCUCCUGCCUUAGCGUCUCGGUCUAAUUGCGUUUCCAUGAAGAAAUGAUCAUUAUUUCCCACUGCACUUGGUGAUCGACUCGUCAGGGCUCCCCCACGAACAAGAUGUUUGGUGUUUAGUACUAUGUCUGUGACCCUGUAUGUCCUGUUGAUGAAGUUAGGUGCUGUUCUGAGCAUUAUUUGUGGUUAUAGAGUGGCGUUUUGGUUGAGUGCGUGGCUCUCUGUAUUGCUAUCUAGAGAAGCAAGCGGUCGGCAACAUUCAUCUCUCAACGGCGUGUCUAACUCUGUGAUACGGUGUGUUUGACCCUAACAUAACAGCGAUUUUCCCAGGACACUUUUGCUUUUUUAUGCAUGUUGGUUCGUCUGCUUUCAGGUAAAUACGACAUUUUGACAUUGGACGAGUUAAUAUUUACUUCUUGUCACUGAAAGGUUUGUCAGACGGGAGGUUUAAAACACUAUCAUGAUCCUGAGUCUUGAGCUGAUAGAGCAGAAGUCAGUUUUUCUUUUCGGCCUGAUGUUUGAGUUGGUAAAGAAAACCGAAAACUGUGCAGCAGCAGCACUUUAAAGAGCUUUCAGCUGGAAUAAACCAAACACCAACAAAAAGCCCCCAGAGGUCCUAAAAACUGCACAUGGCCGACUUUUCUGUGGCGUUUUAGCUCAUGUGUUCAGACUAUUUUUAUCCUCUUCCCCACGUACAUGACAUCAUAUAUUGGAAAAUCAAACGGACAUCAUCACCGCCUGAGCGCUCCACUUUUAAUCCUUACAUAAUGUGUUCUCGUUUCAUUUUGCACUUCUGCACGGGUGCACGCAUGUUAAAGCUGGAGGCUGCAGGGUGCAUGCGUGUGCCACGUGCUGCUUGUGUUGUGAUGAUGACGGAGCGUCGUGGUAGUGGAUGUGCUCUGCUGUCUGGAAUAACACUGAUCCUCUUAAAUGAUUACCAGAGAGAGAGAGAGAGAGAGAGAGGGAGAGAGAGAGGCGACCUGCACAGGCAACACACAGACAGAUGUCUCACCCCCACCUUUAGAUCAACACACAGCAUCUAUGUUUAGUAUAGAGGCAGAGGGGAAGCCUCUCUCCUUUAAUAGACUCCAAGUCCAUUACACUGCUCAUUUAAACCGGGACAAAAGCUGUUCCUUCGAUCUUUUACUUCACCUUUUACUGGCAGGAAGCAGAGAGCGUGAAGCUCUUUGAGGAGACAGCAGGACUCUGAGUGAGGAAAGUUGGCUAAUUAAGUUCUGGCAGUUAGUGAGUUUGUCAGGAUUCAGCCAAUAUACAAAUAUUUCUUUUUAAGUGUUUAACCUCUGCAGAUAUGAGUGUGAUGUGUUAUCUAUGAUGGAGUGUUCGGGCCAUAUCAAGAAAAAUAAAAUGUAAGAAUUUGAGAUUAAUUAAUGAGAAUGAAGUCGGAAAAAAGUAAUCCCUUACAAGAAUAAAGUCGUAGUAUGUUCAUUACUUACGAGAAUAAAGUCAUGAUGAAGUAAUUCCUGAUGAGAACAAAGACGUAGAAAAAGUAAUAACUUAUGAGAAUAAAGUUGUAAUAAAAUCAUAACUUAUGAAAUUAAGUCGUAAUGAAGUAAUUCGUUAUGAGAAUAAAGUCAUGAUAAAAUCAUUUUUCAAGAGAAUUAAGUCGAAACAAAGUAAUUUCUUACAAGAAUAUAGACGUAAUAAGAUCAUUACUUCAGGAAUAAAGCCAAAAUAAAAUCAUUACUUACGAAAAAUUAGUCGUAAUGAAGUAAUUCCUUUUGAGAUUAAAGUCGUAAUAAAAUCCUUACUUUUGAGAUUAAAGUCGUAAUAAAGUAUUUACCUACGAGAUUAAAGUUGUGGUAAAGUAAUCAGUUAUGAGUAUAAAGUCUUCAUAAAAUCAUUAUUUACAAGAACAAAGUCGUAAUAAAGUUAUUAUUUACACGAAUAAAGUCGUAGAAAAGUAAUCAUUCACAAGAAUAAAGUUGUCAAAGUUAUUACUUAAAAGAAUAAUUUCUUACAAGAACAUAGAAGUAAUAAGAUCAUUACUAUAAAGUUGUAAUAAAACUGUUACGAAAAAUAAGUCGUAAUGAAGUAAUUCCUCAUGAGAAUAAAGACGUAAUAAAAUCUUAACUUUCGAGAUUAAAGUCGUAGUAAAGUAAUCAUUUACGAGAAUAAAGAUGUCAAAGUAAUUUCUUACAGGAAUAAAGUCGUAAUCAAGUAUUUAGCUACGAGAUUCAAGUUGUGGUAAAAUAAUCAGUUAUGAGUAUAAAGUCUUAAUAAAAUAAUUAUUUAUGAGAACAAAGUCGUAGUAAAGUCCUUACUGAUUGUUGGUUGACAGGUUGACUAACUGGGUUAAAUGUUACGUCAGGUGUCACGGGGUAAAACGACUGAACGCAGAGACAGUUAGAGACAACAGAAGAGUCUGGAAUUGGCCUGAAGACUUCAGACUAACCUUUGACAUUCAGGCCAAAAGACAGGAACACAAGCCUGUCCGUCUGUAGUCCGACUCUGAGGAGAAGAUCAAAAAAGUGAAUCUCUUCAACUCCUCUUGUCUCAUGGGAGAAAGAUGGAAAUAUCACUGACUGGUGGCACAGAGGCCAAGUUUGGUAAGAUUUCAGAUGGUCAAAGCCGUCUUUCACACUCAUGUUCUGAGCAGAAAGAAGACAUUUAGGAUUUCACAGGAUGGAAAAAAAAAAAAAAACCCAGCACGACUCUGUCCUUUCAGCAUUCAGGCGUUUGUGAAGGUUCAUGCUCAGCUACGCGGGACAAAAGGCCAAAUCUCUGGCUCUGGACUCCAGUUGUGUGCAUCUGGGGCCCCGGCGGAGCCUGCGAGCACGACUCCCUGCAGGGACCAAAGGCACCCACGCACAGUCAAAUGUCACGGCACAGAGGAAGGCGAGGGAAUGGGAGCCAAAAAAGAGAGGGAGGAGGCGAAGACAAAAACAUGUUUUAUAAUGGUGAAAAUGGGAGAGCGAAGGGCAAGACGCCGUUACACUGAGAGCGACCACGCACAUUCCCCAACGGUCAGCGGAGAAAACACGAGCCACAAUGACUUCAACUCUUCCACUUCCGCUGCAAACCCCCUGAUAGUGUCAGUGUUUGAGAUUUGGAGCCACCCUGUUCUUAUUCCUAAAGCCACAUCAGGAUUAAACAGAGUAAAUGAGGCACAGAAACCCGGUACACAAAAGACCCUGCUCAGGUUCGGGGUCGAUUAACCUGUUAGUCCUGUUAUGAGUGAAACAAAAGCUUUGUUGCAGGUUUUUAUCCCCUCAGGAAGUCUGUGAUUUUCAGAUUGAGUGAACUCCAAACACUUGAAGCAACAACUUCAGGCGGCGUUUCAAAAUGUUAUGAGAGCUCAAGUUUUGCAGAGGGACCCUUUCGAAUCUCUACGAGCAAACAGAAAACAGGUCUCAAAGAAAGUCUGAGGCUACUAUGAUUUAUUUAUGUUAUAGAGGGCUGAGCACAAUGGCAGAUGAAACCCUGAGUCGAUCCAGUGGUUCAUAAAGUACUUAUGAAAGUUUUGCAUGGUUGCAGACAGAGGUAUUGUGUAAAACAUUAUGAGGGAUGUGAUAAGUACGACGGAGUUUUAGGGACACAUUAAGAAAAAAAAUUUAGAUGUCGAGAUUAAAGUCGUUAAUUUACGAAAAUGGAGUCAUUGCUAACGAGAAUAAAGUCGUAAUAAAAUAAUUACGAGAAUAAUUUAUGAUAAAGUAAUAACUUUCUUUAGCAAAGAGACUAAACACAACUCACCCACUCUCUUCCAGCAGCCAUUUGUUUGUAGCAAGGCCUCAUGCCAGUCCGUUACGGACUACAGCGGGGUUACGCAGCUCAAGGAAGAACAUUUAUGUCCGUAAUGGACUAGCCCGAGGUCUCGCUACAAACAAGCGGCUGCUGGAAGAGAGUAGAUGAGUUGUGUUUAUACUCUUUUCUAAGACAGAAGAACUACUUCGUCUGCAGUGAAAAAUGAUUCAUAUGGUGAUUAUUACUUCAAGGAAAUGAUAAAGAAAUGAUCAUAAAUGUUCUUCCUUGAGCUGCGACACCCCGUUGUAGUCCAUAAUGGACUGGCCUGAGGUCUCACUACAAACAAGCAGCUGCUGGAAGAGAGUAGGUGAGUUGUGUUUAGUCUCUUUGCUAAAGAAAUUAGUCAAAGUUAAAAAGAUGUUUGGUGUCUAGUACUAUGGCUGGGACCCUAUAUGUCCUGUUGAUGAAGUUAGGUGCUGUUCUGAGCAUUAUUUGUGACUUUUUGGUUGAGGUUUGUUUAUGGCUCCUCAAACCGCUGUGUAUUGUUAUCCUGUGGUCGUUACUAAAGUUGGUAUAACUAGAGAAGCAAGCAGUCGGCAACAUUCACCUGUUGAGGGGGUGUCUAACUCGAUGUUACGGUGUGUUUAAACCUGACUUAAUUUAUGCCGGAAUAUCCCUUUAAGCAUCUGGAGGAGUUUAGAAAUGGUCAAAAUUUGUCACCAGUGCUGAAAUGUUGCCUCAUCACAACAACAACAACAUCUGUGCGGGAACGUGACGUUUUCUGUUUUUGCUCUUUCUUGGAGUUUUUCCUCCUUUCCAGUCGGGUGCACAUGUUUCCUCUUAUCUCUCCUAAACUGACACUGACAACCAUAAAAAACAAAAAAACACCAGAGGAACGAGUGAGCGAGCCCCACACUUAUUGUUUUCAUUCUUCCAGCCCAAACUUUUGGGGGGUGCUGCUGCUUUAGGAGGAAGAAAAGGAAGACUCCCCCUCCUCCCCUCCCUUCCCAUCCCAUCUCAUUUCAAUGCAUCCUGGUUGGGGAGUUCCUGGUUUGGCUGCUGGCUUGGAGAUGAGAAGAAGUGUAGAAGUGUGUGAAUAAAUGUGUGUGUGUGUGUGUGUGUGUGUGUGUGUGUGUGUGUGUGUGUGUGUGUGUGUGUGUGUGUGUGUGGAGGGUGGCAAGCUAAAAAAACAAUGGAGGCUUUGUGCGAGGGUCCCGCCGUGACAGGAUUGUUGGGGGAGAGAGAAAGAAGGGGGGAGCGAGCGGUCAGAGCUUAGCGAAGCGAAGCCACUUCAUUAGUCAGGGCUCUCCCUUUGCACCUCCUCCCUCCCUCCCUCCCUCCCAUCCUCACUCCCUCCCUCCCUCCCUCCCUCCCUCUCGCUGCCUUUCCUUCCCCGCUCACUCGUGGAAGCACAGAGGCAGGAGUCACCACUCCGGCUGGACGCUAUCGAGCCAAGCGUGGAGUUUUCUCACCAGAACCGGCGAGGAUGUGCUUUUGAGGCUGAUCGGAGUUGUUCGGUGCAGUUUUCUCACUCGGUACCUUUUCUGUUUUUGCUCUGAGGUAGGUUUUCUCGUGUUGUCAUCCUUCCCCAUCCCAUCCCCUCCCGUCCCGUCCUGUCCCGUCCUUGGAAGCUGACUUGCAUCUUCUCUCCUCUGGGCUGCAGUUUUGGUGUCGGAUGACGGGACGCUGCGUUCUCAGGCAGGCCUUUUGAACAACCAGGGAUGCAAUUUUAGGAUCUGUGGUUUUGAAGGAGUUUUAUUAGGAGUUGAAAAAUGUUGGUGCAUGACUGUGUUUGCUGAAAGUGACAUAAAAAUCAUGCUGCAGUCGAAGAACAUGAUCUAACUCCACAAAAUCAACUCUUUAAAUCAGAACUUUAACAUUUCUUGGAGUUGUAUCUCUCUUGUUUUCUCUGCAUGAUGAAAUCAGAUGAAACACCUCGAAUCUUGAAGUUUUACAAACCCGUCUGUGCUGCAGGAUUUCUGCUCGGUUCAGGUGAAAUUUGUGCUCUGAGGAGGAAGGUGGGGGUUGUCGGUGUCAGCGGGGGGGCUAUUGGCUCAGCUGUGUUGACCAAAUUAUCAGUGUUAUUAGUAUCUACGCGCCUGUGAUUGCUUUCUCCCCCCACAAACACACACACACACACACACACACAUUGCUGCCUCUCUUUGUCGAGCGCACACCCCCAGGGACAGCGCAGCGUCGGGGUAAUCCUUCACAUCCUGUAUGGGAAAGGGCAGAGAGGAGCACUCUGGACUAACCGCAUCACUUCCUCGUGAGAGAGAGAGAGUCUCAUCUCAUCUCAUCCACUCAAACUCACUAAAACAACAGCGUCCCGGCUGGUUUUUACCCACAGGGCUGUUCACAGCAUCCUGAGCGCAGCCUACUUCCUGUUACACUCUCAACUUCGCUGAUUGAAUCGUGAAAACAUCCUGUAAAAUAUGACUUUGUGUGAUUUAAGUCACAGUCUUCUUCACAGUGUGGAUCUAAAGAGUGUGGUUAAGUGUGACAGUGAGAGCAGAUAAGUCUGAUCGUCUGAAAUUGGUUAAAAAGACUGGACGGACUUGACUGGAUAAUCGCCGCUUGCCCUGAGAACCUGCGGGUCAGUCGAGGGGAUUUCUAAGUCCUUUCUCCAGUCCAGGACAAGAAGCUCCAGUGUGCAAUCGCUAAGAAAUGAAGUUUAACAAUCAGAGUUUCACCAACAGUUUCACCGAUUAAUCUGCCAAACGGAUUUCACCAGCACACCUGCAGUGGUUGUAGGGCUGGGCGAUACGGCCUCAAAUCAAUAUCAUGAUAUAUUGAUCAGUUCAUCUCAAUAACUAUAAAUAGACGAUAACUACUCCACAAGCUGCUCACCCCCUCCCACAUUAACUUCGUCUACUUCAGCCGCUACAACUUUUGAACCGUCCUCCAUCUCCUCACCUGUCUUUCCCUCUUUGUUACGGACUGGAUGGGGUGGAGUCACGUCUCUGAUGUAGGACAGCGUCUUAGAGGGACAUGAGACCAUAGCCUACCUACACACAUCCAAAAACAACUUUUAUUUAUUUAUUAUUUUGACACAGAAAAUACCAAUAUGGGCAAAAUGACAUCGGUUAUUGAUGUAAAUUUCAGUAUCGGUAAAUUUUCGGUUUAUCGCUCAGCCCUAGUCUGGUCAUAAGUUGAUGCAUUAGGAUUCGAUCACCUGGAUGUAUGCAAAGGCGAUCUUCUUGUAUGCACUUUUCAACAGUCGUCUUGCAGCGUCUGAUCCUCGACUUUUGUGUGUUUUUUGGCUGAUGUGCAAACCUCAUCCCCUCUCAUGUUCGGUUUAUCGCCCAGCCCUAUGUAGUAGUCAAAUAUUCUGGAUCCACUGGGGGCUGCAGCCCCUAUAUGGCGAUAUAUGGUUCCUUGCCUCCACUGAUUUCAGUCGACACACAGCCCCAGGCGUGUUUAACAUCGACUCAAUUAGCUUUCUCGACAGGUUAUAGAUUUGGAAAUGGAUUUCACUCAUAUAGAGCUGUGUAAGUAUGGAGCUGGAGCACAAAGUCAAGGCUUUCCCUCUGAACCAGAACCAAAUAAUAAACACUGUAGAUUUCUCUUACAUCAGAUUAAAAAGUCCACUUUAUAGUUGGUACAAUUUUCCAGACCUCAUUUAACAGAUAAAACUGCUUUGUAGGGUUUUUACCUAGAAGCUGAAAUGGCAGUAACCGAAACCAUACUGAUAAAAACAAAUACAAUCAGUAAAUCAACCAGACAUGAGUGAUUUUAGUCUUCAACUCUAACCGCUCUGUCCACAAGGACUUCUCUGGAUAUUAAAAACUUUCUUUGUAGAAUUUUCCUCAUAAGCCAAUCUUUAUUUAUUUCUAUCUUAAUAUAUCGAUGAAUCCUCACGAUUUCAUGCUUUAAUUUUAACACUUUUCCUUUUCGUCUUUCCACAGAAUGAAGAAGUGAAUCCUCAGUGACCACAGUCAUGGCCGUCCAGACUGGCAUUCAGGUGAGUUCAUCGAACUUUGAUUGACUUGGGGAGAAAUUAGGUGCUUUUUAACUGCAGGAACUUUUGACACGAACUCACUUACAUAGAAAAAAAACAGGUUGAAUGAUGAAAACAGCGUCACUUUUCCACCUUUUGUUCCUUUUUAACACACAAUACAACAGCUUCGUCUUUUAUCCCUCACCUCCUUUUGUCAUCUGUGAAGGUUUUGUUCAAGUUCCUGGCAUGAACUCUGGAGCAAACCUAGAACUUCUCAGACUAGUUUCAGUCCAGUUGAUAAAUACAUGCAGGAGAAAAUCGAUCCCUGACUGUAUUAUCUUUGCGAGUCCGGCUAUAAAAACUGUUUACAGGAAAAUCUCUCCCUGGAGUGAUCUUGUGUCCAUCAGAGUGGUCAAACACUAAUGGAUACUCUUCUUUAUCGCCUAAUUUACUUUAAAUGGACUAAAAAGUCGCUCCUCUUCAGACAACUUGAAAACACUGACAUGAGGAAUGGCUGAGGGUGUGUGCCAAAAGCUCGCAGACCACAGUGCUUCAUAGUUACACGGAUUAAAUAAAGCACUUCAGACAUCUGUCUCGCCCUCGACAGCUGCGGUGAGCCCACCUGUGUUACAGCUUGCCGUCUUGUUGUUGUUAUGCGUGUCUCUCGUUCCUCCGCUCGGACCCUGAGGAGUUUCUCCGCACAUUUUUUCGUGGGAGUGGGCGGGAAUGCUCAACACUUUUUUUUUUUCUUCUUUUUCUUCCCCUCCCAGCAACCGAGUGUCAGACAUCCCAAAACCCAAAACAACAGCGGUUUCGUGUUUCAGAUUUGUCACAUGGCGAAGGCUUUCCUCUGUCAUCUGCUCUGGAAAGUCCUGGCUGUCUCUCAACUCGUCUUGGAACGUAGAAAUGCAAAAUAUGUAUCCCAGAGAUGUGCGCUUAACAUGUGGCGGAUUGAUGGAGUGUUGAUGAACUUCUAUAGCUUAAAAACACACCCCAAAAUAAUUCAAGAGAUCUACAUUCACAUAUCGUGGUUGAUUAACUCUUAAAUUGGAGACAAAGUGGUUAAAAGUCUAGAAAAAUCCUUUGUGGAGUGGAUUUCACGUGGUGUUUUACAAGUGCGCAAAUCCUGGGAGCAGCUGUGAUUCUCCUCUUGGCAUCUCUUCACACCCCAGACAGAAAACCCAUCAAAACAACCUCACUGUUUCUCUUUUUCGUCAAAUAUCUGCACUAAAGUGAGAGAAAUCUUCAGAUUUUUCCUCGUCUCCCUCUGAGGAUAUUGAUCCAUGUGAUGCUGCAGAGACUCGGACUCUGCAGCUAUUCCCAGAGCUUCACUGCUCAUGUAGAGCACACAGUCACAUUGGAUGAACACACAGACUCAGAGCGCGGUGUGUUCACCCGUGCUGAAAAUGUAUGCACUCAUGGAAGUAUAAGCAGCAUAUGCGCUCAUGUAUUAAUGCAGCAUUAUGGUGCGUUGUUGAAAAACGGAUCUCUGCAGGAUUUUGAGUUAUUAUGGAGUUACCAAAAAGCAGAUAAACACACACAAGUGCAUGAAAAGAAAAGAAAAGAAAAGAGAGGUGUGUUUUUAAAGAGUCAGUGGUGCAUUAGCCGUAAUGAAUGUUUAAUGAAAGCUCUUAAGACUACAGGCAUUAGCAAAGCUGAUAAGGCUAAUAUCUCAGUAAACAGUUAGCAAAUGUAGCAUUUUUGUACCUGCUGUGGUCGUAUACUUAAGCUAAUGAUAACAUCUGGAUUGAUUUUAGGUUUAAAAGGAUAGAUGAAGAAGACGUAGCGCGCCGCUAGCAGACUAGCUAUAGCGGUUCUAAGUGAUGAUUCAGCACUUCUAAAAACUGCUAUUUGGAAACGGCUAAUCCUCAGUUAACUAAUCAAUCAAAUAUCAAUGCUUUUAUAACUGUACUGGUGACUAUUUUCAUUCAGUUCAGCCACUUUAUAUCAACCUGAGGCAGCCUAAAGCAAAGCAACGAAAUACAAGACGGGCAAAGAAAUAAAAAUUAAAGCACAAUAAAAGUAAACAGUUCGCAAAUGUAGCAUUUUUGUACCUGCUGUGAUCGUAUACUAAAGCUGACAAUAACAUCUGGAUUGAUAUUGUGCUAAAAAAAAACAGUAGGUUUAAAAGGAUAGAUGAAGAAGACGUAGUGGGCCGCUAGCAGACUAUCUGUAGCGGUUCUAAGAGAUGAGUCAGCACUUUUUGAAAACUGCUAAUCCUCAGAUAACUAAUCAAUCAAACAUCAAUACUUUGUGACUGUUUUCAUUUAAUUCAGCCACUUUAGAUCAACCUGAUUCAGCCUAAAGCAAAGGAACAAAAUACAAGACCGGCAAAAAAUUAAAAUUAAAGCACAAUAAAAGAAAUAAAAGCAGGUAGAAUAAUCAAAUUCAACAAUAUUAGUGAUCCCCUGACUCAAACAACAAACUGAAAGAGGCUAACUAAUCAAUUAAUUGAUUACUAGAAUGAUAAAUAGCGUAGUUAUUGAAUGGCUCUUUAACCUGACUCUGUAAACCCUUAAAAAAUGUUGAUUUAAGACGCAUUUCUGUUUUGGCUUCAAGAGUAACCAGUGCUCAUGUGCAACAGACUGAAUUCAGAUUAAUGUGUUCGAGUUACCUUGGAAGUCUGAAGUCCGAGCUGAAAAUGACGUCACACUCGAGUUCCCAGUGUUUCAGUUACCAAGUCGGAAAAAAGUGAAAUCGAAGGCGGAUGCAAGAUGGCUACAUCUACAAAAGUUAUUUUCGCCCUUGUCUUGUCCGAAUACGAGGCAAGCACUAAAAUUACUUCAGUAGAUGACGCCAUCUUGUUUUAGACCCCCGAUUUUGCAUUUUUUGGACUUGUCAACCUAAACACUUGGAGCGAGGGAACGCAGCAGAAAUGUUUGACAUGGUUGCUAUGGUAACAGGGAAAGAGUUUACCCCACUGUGAGUGUUAGGAGAGGAGAAAAUGAAGUGUUCUGGGGGGGAGAGUUUGUGGCUGUAAUUCAGCAUUGUUGAGCUGAAAGUCCCAUCCAUCCAUCCAUCUAUUCAUCUAUUGUCUUUCUGGUUUAUCUCUGUGAUUGGAAGUGGGCGGGGCCUUCCCUACCUGCUAUUGGGCGAGGUCACUUUAGAGAGAUCCAUCAACCCGACAGACAGGUUUUUAGACUUAAGGGGGAACCCAUGCAUGCAUAAUGAGAACAUGCAAACUUCACAUAGAAAGGCCUGACUGAUCCAGGAACCUUCAUGAACCUUCAUCCACCGUGAAGCCCAGAGAGUCUGAGCCGACCUGAACUGUGUGGUCCUGAUAGAAAUGACGUUCGGCUCUUUUUACUUUCCCAGAAUCCCUCAUUCAAACCAAGACUGCGUCCUCUUUCUCCCAGCGUUACACACAUCUGAAAGGAAAGCGUCCGGAGCCGCCGUCCAAGUGUUUGAAAGGGCAGAGAGUGACCUCGUUAGUUCAGCCUCGACAAACCAAACAGCUCCGGCUUCAGAGGCUGUCCUUCAGGUCGAAGGUCAACAGCUAGGCCAUGGGAAGCUCCUCGUAAGAUAUCGGAUAGUUUAAGUCGUUUCAAAGCGGAGACACAACUCGUGUGCAGCUGAAUUUCUGAUCCUGCUGUCGUGAAAACAGAGUUUGUGUUUGUUUGUGUGAGUCAUGGUCGUGAAUCAUCAACAUGUGGCGUGAAGGAAGAGUUUUGUAGUAAUGGGAGAAGAUUAUAAAGUCAUGAAAACAGUUUAUAUAACAACUACAGAAGACGCUCAUACAAAAGUCAAACUUUAGCUGGUCUGUUCCUAUCGUCGGGGUUUUAAGAUCACUUUUUUCCUAACUUUUCUUUCUCCACUUUUACUCGACGAACACUUCGAGUCUCUGCAUUGUUUCAGAGGCAUUAGCUGUCUUUGCUUUAAGUAGCUCAGGUACAGAUUAUCUCAUAAACUCCUGGUGCGUACAUGGUAAACAUACAAGAAUAAACGGCCUGAAAGUCUCCGUUUGUUGCAUUUCUCGCCCCACAUUCCUGCGAUUUAUGAGAACAGAGCGGCUCAGAGAAAUAUGGAUUACCCGACAUGUUUUCUAGACUUACAGCGGCGCAGAUUUACAUUUAAGUCUGCUUUGGGUUCUCGCAAUGAACCUGUAACACAAGAUGGAUUAUUUCACAGUUCAGAACCUGAUUCUUUAUGUAAUGUCGAAAGCAUGCACACGCUCACUGCAUUUUUUCCUGAUCAGCUGGAUGUUAAGCAGGGUACAUAUGUUGUUAUGAACCCACAGAGCCCCACAGGCGGCCUGCCCUCCUGAACCACCUUACAUAACCUGUGUGUUUGUUUUCUAUCUGUGGGUUCGUCCCCUCUCUAGAAGUGAGGUUACACUUCCUGUCGUCGCUCAGGUGUCUUUACCUCUUUCUCCAGAAACAAUAAAUUUGCUCCUUGGAUUUCUUGUGCCUGAUUCUGUCGUGACUAACCAGAGGCCCUCAGAGCUUAGAGAGUUCGUACAACAAUCAGAUUAUAUGAGAACAGAUUAAAUUACAGUUCUGAAAAGAAUUAGAGUCACCUGGGAUCGGACAAUAACAGGACACCCUGAAAUCUGGGUUGUAAACAGACACAGCUGCAUUUCAUGAUGGAUAAAAACACUUAAAGCUCCUGUGAGAAACUUUUAGUUUGUGUUACUUUUAGCGCCCCCUGUGGACAAACAGUCUUAACUACAUCCUGAAGUUGUCUCCUGACACAAAAAUCUUGAUCAUUUAUUGUGAAUAUUUUAUGUCCAAAUUGUCGCUGCAGGACAGUUUUCAAGCAUUAGAAAUUGCCUUAAAUCAUGUCGCUGAUGGUCUUGUUUGCUUUUUCAGUGCCAUUAAAAGGCAUCAGUUUGAGUUUCAGUCUGUUUCUUACGUGUCAAAAAACUCCUCACUGGAGCUUUAAUCUACGCUAGAAAUCAGAGCCAGUAUAGCUCAGUAUUUCCUGCUUUGAUUUUGACGAUUUCCUCAGUAGAAACUGAAGAACUUUCCUGAAUUCUUGAAACUUAUUUUUUAUUUUUUUAGCUGGACUCAUGAGGCAGAUUACAGUCUUAUGUGAUAGAACAGACACAUGCAAGAAAAAAUAUUAAAAUUUAAGAGUUUCUGGACAUGAGCCUGUAAAUUUUCGUCCAUACAUGCUUUUGUAAUCGAUAUGAGUGAAACUGAACAAUGUUAAAAACAGUAAAAAUGACAUAAAUAGAAAAAGAGUUUGUAUUGUUCACAGUUAAAGGUCAUCUUAAAGUAUAUUAACUAGUAAAGUGCAAGUUUGUAUUUGUAAUCGCUCGUUUUGAUAGUGUCAGACACUUCCAGUUUUAGCCAGUAGGGGGAGCAUGCUGAUUGCAUCUCUUCAUCACAUUGUAGAAUGAAAGUCACCAACAGUGAGUCCGUCUGUUUCUCUACUUCUCGCCUUGCGGGUAAGAUAGAAGUCGGAAACAAGAUGGUUACAUCUACGAAAGUUAUUUUAGCGCUUGCCUCAUAUUCGGAUAAGGCAAGCGCAAGCCCUGGUAACUGAAACGCUGGUAACUCGAGUGUAAUGUCAUUUUCAGCUUGGAUUUCUGACUUCCUAGGUAACUUGAACGCAGCAGUAACGUUUAUGAGAAGCUGUUAGCUAGCGUUAAAUUAUUACAUUGUGGAAUGAAAGCCAGAAACAGCGUGUCUGUAUUCCUUUCUUUCUAUUUCUUGGGUUUAACACUGAACUCCUGAAAGCUUUAACCAAAUGCAGCAGGUACAAAGUCGGAAAAAAUCUUUUAAAGUCAGACUUUACUCCAGGCUAACGUCUAUUUUCGGAUGCCUUUCGUUUACGCCGUCAGUUUCAGAGCAUCAUCUUUUCUGCCUCCUGGAAAACUUCACACUGUUGGGGACGUGUGUGAACAACGAUGUCAGAAACUUUCAGGAGCAGCCUGUCUGAAAUUUUCAAGAAAUUAAUCUGGACUUUCUAUGUCCUCUUGAUUUUCAGUAACAUCUCAGUAACAGAAGGUUGUAACAUGAACCUUAGAUGUUGCAUGAAUGCAGGUUGUCUCCUCGGAGUUGAAAACUGUGCCAGCUUUUGCACAGACUCUCCAUCUGCCAAGGUUUUUCAUGAAUCUAUCUGGAUGAUUUGAGUUUCCUUCUUUGCAUUAAACAUAUUUUUGAACCCUCUUGAUUUCAGAGUGUAAACCUCCUCUCUCUACUCAGCAUUUUAAGAUACAAACCUGCAGCUGGGACACUGGUACCCUCACUUCUAACUCGAUCCCAGCCCCAGAGUCUCAUUCUUGGACGUUAUUGCCUCGUUUUCGCUCAGAUUGCAGUAUCUGUUUGAUCUGACGCCUCCUUUCAGUAACAUCCCACCAUCGAAAACGCUUCCACAGUGAGAGCAUUCAUCGCAGCAGCUCUGAGCAUCUGCAGAAGUACAUUAUCAUAUAACAGCCUCUCUGUUCCUCUGGCCAAAAGGUUUCCUGUUUGCAUAGAUUCACGGUCUGAACAACACCCCGCCUUGUUCCCAGCACAAUAAAAACCCUUCAAACCCAGUGAAGCAAUAUCCCAUUAUUGCUUGAUGACAUGUGACGGACACAGAGAUUAGACGCUGUAUCUUAAACAGAUGUCAAUAUACUGUAGAGAGAAGCAGGGGGGCGUCAUCCAGAAGUGAGUUAUGUAAUGUCAGGGGGAGUCGUAAUAAAGCACAUCUGCUGCUGGUUUGGAGAUUUCCCCUCGAGAUGCGUGUCCACAAUCGGAGAGCAGAAAACAAAAACAGCUCCAGUGUUUUUGCUCGAUUGUCGACGCAGGAGGUUUUGUUUUUAUCGCUCUUUAGGGACGGGUUUCCAGAAAUUAAAGCGAAAAUGUCUUUUGUAGCUUUGUCCGCACUCUCUUUAUCUGUGAAAAAAAGAGGAUAACUUACAGUAAAACCCUUCGAAAGAGCUGCAGCCUGAGAGAGAGGGAGGAAAAUUCAAUGGAGAUGGAUGUGAUGGGACAACACCGUCAAAACAGAGAUCUGUGUCCCGCUUCAGGCCAAACCCGAAGUCUGUGAACUGGAUCUACACACCCAGUUAGGCAGUCAAGUGCAGCGGCGUUCAGUUGUCUCAGAUGUUCGUUUUAGAUUUGAGAAAAGUGACUUUAAGACUCAAAAAUAAGAAGAUAAGGGGAUUUCCGCUCAGAGAUCACAUGUGUUUUGAGGUUUUUACUCCUGGAGUGAGUGAGUGAGUGAGCCUUAGUGGAUAUCAAAGCUAGUUAGUGGAGUUACAGCAGCAUCAGAGCGUGCUGCAAACUCCAGCCGAGCAUUAAGUGGAGUGCGGGAUGACGACAUCCCCCGGUGCAUCCUCUCUGCAUGGACGGCUCGCUCAAACUCUCCUCUGGUGCUCUGAUAAAGAGAGUGGGGUCGGAACAGCUAACCUACAUUCAGGGUUAAAACUGUGUACUCGUGCCGUACAGUGUUUUCAUGAGGACUGUACCCAGAACGUGCUCAGGCUUAUUUCAUAACGCCUCGCUGGAGAGAUUAAAUUUGCAAAUCCGAGUCCUGAAGAAGAAAACAUGUUUUUAACAUAAAUAUACCCAAACCGCCCUCUACCCUCCGGGAUCCAAAGGCGUUCCCAGGCCAGGCGAUGAGAUAUGAAACCUCCUCAGCUGGAGUGAGGAGUGUCAAUCUAUGAAGUUUAUCACCUGGUAGUUGUACAGUAGUGGUGCAGCCUUUAAUUAAACCGUGAUUAACAGAGAGGAGCACUCAGAUGAGAUUAGGCAGACGUCUCCGUACGUGGGCACCAACACUAAUCUGUUCAAACACUCUGCCAGGCUCCUAAUCCUCUGAGACGGCUGUUUUAAAUUUUAGCAUCUUCAUUUUGGAGGCUGUUGCCAUUUCUUAAAAAAAUUAUUUGAUAUAAUUGUUUAAACACAAUAGGGCUCGGCGAUAUGGCCUCAAAUCAAUAUCAUGAUAUAUUAAUCAGUUCACCUCGAUAACGAUAAAUGGACGAUAACUACUCCACAAGCUGCUAAUGUCCUCUGGGUUUGACAAGUUGUUUGGAUGACGUCUUUUUCUGUCAAACUUUCGACCAAUUACAUGGUCUCAUAUUCUUCUUCUAUUGUUCCCUUGACGGUAAGUGUCCAAUAAGAGGCAACCAAAGAUCAACAAGAGACAAGAAAGUUCCCUGCUUCUCUGCAAAAUUAGAAAUAAUGGUCCUCAAUGUUUGGAAACAAGAAAAGAAGAGAUUAUGAGCAGUAUGAUGAGCUAAAAAACACGUAUACACCUAAACACCUAAAUAUGUAAAAUAGUUUCUGUUGUGUGUUUGUUCCAAUCCCAAUAUUUCUUCUCCUGAUAGCCAAGACUUAACAGAAUGAUGUGCAGAAAAGAGAAAAGGCUUGGUCACUGUAGAGUUAUGUGUUUUUUAAGCAAAGUACUGUUGAUAUCAAUUUUCGAUUUGGUUUUUGGUUGAGUUUAAUGGUUCUGGAUAAUUAUUUUUGCACCCAUAAACUGACAGCUGAGGUUGUCCUGAAAAAAAGAUGUGUUUAUAUUUGCUGUGCUUGAAAGGAUUGAGUUGCUACACAGAUUUUUACAAAAAAACAGGCGGACCAAAAAUAGCAAAACAUAGCUUGGAGUAGUGCUGGACGAUAAUUCGAUAACAAUAUAUAUCGAUCGAUAGACGUGUGGUGCGAUAGAAAAAAAACGGGUCGAUAAAAAGUUCGAUAGAAAAACACAGUUUCCCUUUCUUUUUCAUCAUAGCCUAUCAUGUAGCUUUUACUACAGUCAUUACUUCCUCCCAACCAAUCACAAACGCAGACCCAGGUACGCUACAGCACCAAGCCCAGCCCCUCUCAAACCACAACAGACAGCACGUGUAUUAGAAAAAAUGUUACAGCAAGGAGAAGCGGAGGAAAUUGUCCCGAAAAAAGGUUUCAGUAGUUCACCAGCAUGGCAAUGUUUUGGUUUUUACAAGUCUGACAAAAAGCGAACAGCGGUCGUUUGCAAAAUUUGCAGAGAAUUAGUAAAAACCAAGUCUGGUAACACAACCAACUUGUUCUACCAUCUAAACCGAUCGCACCCACAGGAGUACGAGCUGUGUCGGCCGCGCCGCGGCUCCACGUCGUCGGAGGAGGAAUCCUCUGGAACCGCUGCCAGCACCAGCACAAAGCAUGUGAAGCAGACCAAACUGGACUUCGUUUCUUGCCAAAAUACGACAAAGCGUCCAAGCGGCAUAAGGACAUCACCCAUGCAGUGACAUGCUGCCAAUAACUACCGUUGAAAAGCCUAGCUUCGACCAGCUUCUAGCCACUCUCGACCCGCGAUAUGAAGUGCCCGGCCGCAAGUAUUUCUCAAACACAGCGCUUCAGGCAUGAAAACGGGUCAGGGGUUGAAAAGCUGAGAAGGGUGCGGAGGAAAUACGUUCCGGUGUUGUGCUGUAGAAUGCACCCCUGCAUCCCGUCCAUUCAUUAGCUUCUUAAAGUGGAAGAAAAUGAGCUCAUACGCGAGUAUUUGGAUCAUGGCUACUAGCAGGGGGUGCGUUCGGCAGGGGUGCAUUCUACGACACAACACCGGCGUGGAUAAGUCCUGCUUCUCGUGCUUAGUUUGCGUAUUAAGUCAAUCAUAUGAUAAUUAAAAAAAAGAAAUCUCCCGACCCCGGGAGACACCAGGCUGUGGGCAGUUUCCCACACAGUUAAAACUGGUAGUAUGCUAUUCCCACCUAAAGCUAUUCUGUUUAUUUAUAUAUUUGUUUGUUUUGUUUAUUUUCAUCAAAAGACUAUUUAAAUAUUUAUUUAUCAGAUUUUCUGGUCACUUUAGUCUUUAUGUUUGUCAGUAUUUACUGACGUCACUAAGGCCACUUAAGUUGAUUUCUUUUUUUUUUUUAAGUUCUUUUUAAAAAAACUUUCAGUUGUGGUAAAAAAAUAAAUAAAAAGGUGGUUGAAUAAAGGUUUGAAUUUGAUUUUAGUGCUUGUGUGUUCUUUAUUAAAAGUAGGUCAUUAAGCAAUAGCAUAAAACAUCCAGGGCUGCAAUUAAAAUAUAUGUUAAAUAAUUAUAAUAAUUAUAUCGAUAAUUAUCGAUAUCGAUCAAUAUGAUUUAUUUUUUAUCGAUAUGCUUUUUUUCUAUAUCGUCCAGGCCUAGCUUGGAGCUCUAAGGGUUAAACUUGACGUCUGUUUUUCUCGUCUUCCUCGUCCAGGUGUGGUUUGGAGAGAAGUUCGAUGCUCCGUUACUGAGUCCCCGCAGCCCGCGCAGCCCGUUAGCGCAGAGACACGGCCCCGGCCUCGCGGACGUCUUCCAGUACGACCAGUGGCUGGCUGUGCGACAUGAGGCCACCCUGGUACCCAUGCAGGAAGACCUCGCCAUCUGGCUCACUGGCAUGCUGGGUAAGUGGAAGUUCACAGCCACAAAAAGAUCAUUUUUCCCAGUAUGCACCAGAGUUUACUGGUACAUGAUUGGUCGGUCCUACUGUGAAUCCAGACCCCUGAGAAAAGAGAUUACCCCUCUAAAAAUUUAGAUUUAUUAUUCUCUCUUUUUCGUGCACGUUUUACUCCACAGGCAAACUGAACAUCGUAAAUCUGUGCAUGUGUGAAUCAGCUCUGGCUGUUGCAUGCAAACAGCGUCCCCCCCUCCAGGGUAGGAAAAUACCGGAGCACAAUUGACUCGGGUGUCCCGUGUAAUUGGAUUUAGAUGCUGUCAUUUCCAUGCAGUCCUGAGCGGAGCGCAGAAACAGGAGUGGAACAAAAUCCCUCAUUUCAUCCGUCUGCACCAUUAUACUGAAAUCUAUUGUCCCUGAAGAUACAAUAGAGCAGUGAGGAAACUAAAGCUGACUGGAAACUGACUCUAUUGUUGACGAACGAAACUGUUUUGUCGGGUCGAUUUUUCCGUUUUUCUCCUGAGGAAUGUGGGCAGGUACCGAACACUCACCAUGAGUUAGUAGUAAAGCGACCUUGUGACCUCUAUCCCACAUUUCUGCUCCUUUUUAAAACCGUUUGACCCACCUGAUGGCGAAUCCCGGGGGGGCUGCAGAAACAGGUGGCGUGCAGCGGAUCGAGUUUCAAACCCCCGAGGCUGAUCUGUCGUCGUGUGGGAAAUAAACUUUUGUGCAGAAAUCUUUGUCGCUUAAUGUUGUGGUAGUUGUGGGUUGUGUUCCCGAUGUAAGUUAAGUUCACACGGCUUUUGUUGAGGCGGUGAUUUACAACAAGGGGUCGUGGGAGAGCAAUGAGUCCACGAUGAGGGUCGCUGAAAGCCGAGAUUGUUUAGAAGAAGAAAAACUGCCUAUAGAGAGAAGAUUGUCUUUAAAUCUGGGCUUUAACUGUCCCCCGUAUACUAAAGACUAAGUGGAUUACAAUAAUGCUGCUCUGGAGUUGCGGUUUUGUCCAAGAUCAGGCGAAUAAAUCUGUAUUUUGUGGAGUUAAAGUUGACAUUUUAUCCUCUUUCUUCCAGGAGAGGAGGUGAGAGCGGAGUUUUUCAUGGAGGAGCUGAAUAACGGCGUCAAACUCUGCCAGCUUAUCGGUGUGCUGCGGACCAAGAUCGCCGAGAGCUGCCCCUCCGCAGUCUGCAAGGUGAGUCAGAGGGAAGGGAUGGAAAUAGCUCAGAUGUUAGAGGCGAGGGCAGGGGAGGAGUUUUGCUGCAGGUCAAACACAGACGGAUGUGUGAAUUAAACUUCAAAAAGUAGAAAUCUAUAAAAGCAGAAAAUGGUAGAGAGUAAAUAGUUACAGAGAUAAUUCAGCAAAACAAAAAUGUCAGCCACGAGACACAAAAGUAUUUUUAUUCUGCAUGUCACUCUCAUUUUGUCUGACAUGUUUAUUUCCUCUGACAGCUGUUCCCCACCAGGAAGGUCGCAUGUAAGCGGGACGCCUCUCCGGGGUCCUUCUUCGCACGAGACAACACCGCUAACUUCCUGGCCUGGUGUCGCCACAUCGGCAUGGAGGAGACUUACCUGUUUGAGUCGGAGGGCCUCGGUAAGACCUGGUUUUAGUGGUCCGAUCUAGGGCUGGGCAAUAUGGCCUCAAAUCAAUAUCACACCUCGAUGACAAUAAAUGGACGAUAACUACUCCACAACCUGCUCACCCCCUCCCACAUUAACUUCGUCUAUUUCAGCGACUUUUGAACCGUCCUCCAUCUCCUCACCUGUCUUUCCCUCUUUGUUACGGACUGGUGGGGGUGGAGUCUUGUCUUCGAGACCAUAGCCUACCUACACACAUCCAAAACCAACUUUCAUUCAUCUAUUUUUUUGGCACCGAAUAUACUGAUAUGGGCAAAAUGACGUCAGUUUUUGUUUUAAGUUUAGGUAUCUGUAAAUUUUCGGUUUAUCACCCAGCCCUAUAAUAAUCCGAUCACAAGUUGAUGAAUUAGGAUUUCAUCACCUGGAUGCAUGCAAAAGCGGUCUUCUUAGAUGUAUUUUCCCACAUUCGUCUCUCAGCCUCUGAUCCUUGACCUUUGUCUGUUUUCGGCUCAUGUGAAAACCUCGUCCCCUCUCACGUAAACGUUAAUCUCGUUUGUCUCCAAUGAAGAACCCACAGUAACUUAUUAAAAGCUGCUUCUUCUCGUGGUCUGACGCUCUGAUAUCCAGAUACAAAGUCCCUGUAAAGACGCCAGGAGUAAUAAGUUUAAUAUAUCCGAGCAAAUCUUUACAAACUGUCUGGUAAAUCUUUUAUUUUUAGAGUUCAGGACCUCAGCUCCAGCCGAGCACAUUUUGUACCUGAAAACUUUGUAAAUGAUAACUUGGAGAGUUUUGGCUUGGCCGCCGGCUACUUCUUGGAAAAAACGUCCUGCUAUUUUUCCUCCUAAUCUUUUUAUUACUUUUGCACCAUCAGUCAAGUCCAGGACAGUUAAAGCGAGUCCAAGAAAAGAAGUCAAAACUGAGUGAAGUAAAUGAGGAAAGUCUGAGGGUUUGCACAGAUGCCUGCUGUCCUCCGAUGGAAUAAUUACUGAGGAUGGAAGCUGUUAAUAACUUUGGAGAUCUGUUGUUUAAGACUACCUUCUUAAUGGUUUAAUAGGAUCUGCAGGAAAGAGCAAUCAUCCUGAGUACUCUGUAUGGGGUGUCGCUUCAUUAUAGAUAAUGACUAAUGAAAAAACACAGACCCCAGGAGUAAACGUGUCUGCUGCUCCUGUAAUUAAAACCGUUUUCUUCUGUUUUCAUGUUUAAGUUAAACUCUCUUCUCCGAAUCUCUGCGCUCGUCUUCAUGAGUCAACUACCAACCCCUAAAGGAAGAGCUAACUUUAUCUUCUGUGCUCAUUAUGUCACGUUUCUUAAAGUCUCAUAUCUCGCAGCUGCCUCUUCAGUUCAUCGUUGUUUUCGUAAUUAAUUGUUGCGUUUUCCUCCUCAGUGCUGCACAAGGAGCCUCGGCAGGUUUGCCUCUGUCUGCUGGAGAUCGGACGCAUCGUCUCCAAGUAAGUUUCAAUAGUCAAAUCAACCAGAUCAGACAUUUCAGAGAGAAGUUAAAGCCUACCAUGAAUUUUAAAGUUUUUUGUGGUCCCGAAAGCAAAAACUAUAAAACUGCAGUUCCUUUAUUGUCCACUUGGGUCUGUCCAGUUAAACCCAAAUUUAACCCAAAAUUUGGUCUACUUACCUUGUUGUCGUCAUCGUUGGGCUUCAUGACCUCAUUUAGAAACUUCUGAACAUGUUUUAAAGUCUACGGCGACGACGCUGCACCUUCACAGUUUCUUGUUUUAGUUCUUUAAGCGUUUUUGUAAACCCUCAUCUUUGCCUGUCAGGUACGGCGUGGAGCCUCCUGUCCUGGUGAAGCUGGAGAAGGAGAUCGAGUUGGAGGAGACUCUCCUGAUGACAGAGGAACCACCUCCAGCCGUCAAAACCUUCAGCGUGUGCUGCCAACACGGCGGCCUCUACCAGCCCGGGGUGAGUCCUGACUGACAGCUUCGACGACAUACGAGCAGCGAGGAAACACUGCAGUGUUUUGACAAAGACCGAACAUGAAACUUUGCACCUGCAGGCAGGAAGUCAAGCACGAGAAUGGCUUUAGUUAUCGCCCCGAAACACAUGAAACAACAGGAAGCUGUCAUCUGACUUGAGUGUAGAUGAUGGUUCACUGCUAACAACACACAAACAAGCAGCAGAAGACCCCAGCUGAUCACGUUAACAUCACAUAGCCGCUGCAUGUGCGACCCAGUUGAAGCGGAGCCAAGAUGGCGGCGAGCGGCGGCCCUUGCCGCUCCAUUGGCGCCCCCCAGGGUCCGAUGCAUCACAGCUGACCAUGUGAUGCUCGUGCCGGCUCCCUGUGCUUCGCCGUCACACGUGACCUCCAGGCUACAGAGAGAUGUCGUCACACAGCACAGAGAUGGAAUCACAAACAUCACAACACUCUCUGAGUAAUUCCUAACGGAGGCGAGUUUAUUCCCCCGUGAGGCUCGGGCGCUCUCCGGGCUGCAGGUUUUAUUCCUAGAGGAGACAGCUGGGCUAAAAAUAACCCUCCUCAUUGGAGCAGGAGUCAGUUUGGAUAAAAGCGUCGAACAACUUGUUUAUAUUUUUUAGUUCACAUGAACAUCAAACAGACACUUAUUCUCCACCUCCUCACUUCUCUCUCCUCUCUGGAGAUAAAUUCGCCUCUCUGCUUGAUUCAUCGGGUGUAAUUGCAUCUCUGCUCAGUCAAACUAAAGGUCCCUAAAUGUGUCUCGAUGUUAUUCGGUCAUCUGAGGUAACGCUGACUCGUCCUCCAGCUGGAAAUAUGUUUGCAAAGACAAUCCAUUAUGGCCGCCUUAUGGUCUUCUUCUGUGUUUUGUAGGAGCACGGCAUGGACGACCCUCCCUGCAACUGCUCCAACAGAGUCUCCAUUGAGUACCUGUCUGAGGGUCGCUACAGACUGGGAGACAAGACCCUCUUUAUUCGGGUGAGUGCUCUUAACACACAGACACACACUCUGUCCCUUUUUUUGGUUUUUUUUUUUUAGCAGAGAUGUUACUCAAGGGUAGGUUUCAGUCUGUUGUGAAAUGAGAAGCAAGAAUAGGGCUAAUUAUAGGGCUGGGCGAUAUGGCCUCAAAUCAAUAUCACGAUAUAUUGAGCAGUUCCACUACGAUUGUUUUUGUUUUUUACUUCUUAAAGUGUUAUCAAUGGUUUUUAAAUUAUGAUCAUUAAGUUUUUAGCCAAAAUCAUGUUACCUUUGUCAUUUUCAAGAGCUUUUCUUCUGCAGAGCUCCAGUAGAUCAUUAGCAAAUUCACCCCUGAGUCGUUGGCGGAGACACACUCUUCUUCAUGCCAGCCUGCAGCCGAACGUUGCUAGUGUAGUAGAAGUGGCAAGUAACAUAGAAACUAUUUAGCUCUCUGACACGACCGUCUUUGGGGACAUGAUGAAAGUUAAUUUUGAUAUAAGCUUUCUUACGAGCAUUGCAAUCUGCUAACACACGCUUGUUCCGCGAUCGUCCGAGUGUGACCUGCAUAGUGGGGCUUGGGGGUGGAGCUUGGAUUUGUGACGUAGGAAAUCUCACUGUUCCUGAACCUGCAGUUUGGGUCUGCCAGAGAUCCUGUAGCAUCAGAAAAAUGUCAUCUGAACAUAUAAAAAAACAAGAAAAACAUGAUUUUCAUUGGAGUAGGUCUUGAAAGGUAUAUGAGACCAUAGCCUACCUACACACAUCCAAAACCAACUUUUAUUGAUUAAUUUAUUUUUUUGACCCUGAAUAACCAAUAAGGGCAAAAUGAUGUCAGUUGUUGUCAUAAAUUUCGGUAUCGGUACAUUUCCGGUUUAUCGCCCAGCCCUAAUUCAUUGUCCUAAAGUGGAUGCCUGAAUGGAAACUCACCAUAACUUUAAGCUCUCAGGGUGUCCUAAGUCCAUCUUGGGGUCAAAAGGGAGGCUAAAAAAGGUGGUGAGAAGAAACGCAAGGACUAUAAAUGUCCUAAAACUGUUUGAAUACCCACCCACAGCAGAGAUUACAGGUAAAACGAGAGUUUGCGUGGCUGAUGUCGGAGUUAAGAAUAAAAAGUACAGAGUAGCCAAAGCUUUCUUCUGUAACAGCUAAAUCCAUCUGGACUGAUGAAAUGAGUCACGUAAAGCCAGUAUACAGUAUCUCCCCGCAGUUUAGAUACAGCUCAAGAGAAAUACUUCAAAUUAAAGAAGUUAGAAAAAUUUAUUUACAGACUGAAACACAGAGAGGAAACGUGUUUGUUUUGAUCAGCACCUUUCACUGCUGCUGUUCAGAAGAGGAGCUUACAGGCGUACAGUAUACAGUACAAGCUUAAAUACUCUCUAUAUCCUAUUAAGCGCGCGGGACGAUACACACUGACGACAGGCUGCUGGCAGCGUGUCCCGGCGUUUGUGUCAUCUGCGCGUGUGAGCACAGAGCACGCAGCCGUCUUCACUACAUGACCGGCGGGCGGCCGUGAUUGGACACAUGUAAGCUCGUUACCCAACUGUGGUGGAUUGCAUUAAGCGAUUACAUCAUAAUUACUCGGCUGUCCGCGGUGCCAAGCGUGAGGACGGGCAGACUCGUUAUAAACCCGCUGAGGCUAUUUUAGGAUUCUGAAAGAAGACGUCACCGCGGGUAAACACAAACAGCGGCUUUUGAAGGUGAUUGUGGGUCGAUGUGGGGAUUCCACUACAGACUCGCUGAUUCUUCUCACGAUAUUCGCUGCUGUAGAUGAAGUAACCUCUUGUCGUUCUCUCUUCCUUAGAUGCUUCAUGGGAAACACGUCAUGGUUCGUGUUGGCGGCGGCUGGGACACUCUGCGCGGCUUCCUGACGAAGUACGACCCUCUGCGGGUGCUGCAGUUCACCACCCUGGAGCAGAAGAUCCUUGCCUUCCAGAAAGGCCCCCCCGGCCUGGGUGGUCACCACAGCAACGCAGCCCCGCCCCCUCCACCUGACAUGGACCCCUUAGCCGCCGUCAACGACCUCAUCUCAUCCUCGUCCUCAUCUUCCUCCUCCUCCACCUCGUCGGCGUCCUCUUCCUCCGGCUCCACCUGCAAGCCGGGAAACGCCGCCGGUCAGACAUGUCGCUCAUACACCCCCUCCCCAGCCUGCACCCCCACCCUGUCCAGAAAAGGGUCUGUUGCAGCACCGAAGAAGAACCUCCUGGGGACGCCAUCAUCGCCAAGGAAACCCACCCAGCUGCCCCUCCCCGUCACCACCAAAGGCUCCUCCUCCCUGCCCUCCACCCCAGUGGGGAGCUCCUCCAAACAGUCUCCAAGUCCAGGGGGCACUCAGGGCGCUCAGGUCCCUCGACGAGCUCUGACUCCAUCCUCCGCCCCCCCAGACCCAAACCCCGCCUCCAAACUGAAGCUCAGACCAUCACCACGUGGCCCCGCCUCCCAGCCCAGGAGCCCCGUCUGCCCUGAGCCAUCCUCCAAAUGCCCCAAACCCUCCACCCCCUGUACCUCCCCCACCUCUUCCUCUGUCCCCCGCCCCGUCACCGCACCAGCUCGAGCCCCCACCUCAAAGGACGCCCGGCCACCAACGGGCGCCAGCCAGCGCUCUCGCCUCGCACAGCGCCGCCCCGGCUCACCAGCCUCACGCCUUCGUCUAGAGGCGGCGAGGAGGGUGAGAAUAGCCGCAAGAGGCGCAACGACCCCAACAAGAGUGGCUUCAUCAGCUCCACAAACCCGGGCCCCCACCCCCAGCUCACGGACAGCCUCCCCAGCACCCCCAAAAACCACCUGCCCCCUCCCUAAGAGCAAAGACGUCACAACCACAACCAAAGCCAAGGUGCAGGCCCCGACUAAAGUGACUGCUGCCCCUCCACGCAGCACCGCCGCCGUCCCCGGGCAGGUCCCAGGGGGCAACACGGGUCCCUCACCUACCAGCAGAGCCAAUCAGAAAACACCAGCCACAGCACAGCAGAGGGUGGGGCGAAAACCAGCAGUCACCACCACCAUCAUCAACAACACCAACAACAACAACACAAAGUCCGCUCUGAAACCCGAACUGUCUUCAGGACCGGAGAAAACCAGCGCAAACAUCAAAACCACGAAAACGGAGCCGAGCGUCCGCAGGAAGAUCCCGCAGUACAUCGGCAAGAGCGAGGACCCGUACUUCGAGAUGAUCAGCAGGAGGAAGCAGAGGGCCUGAAUCAGCACUUGGUGGAUCUCAGACUUUAAAAAAAAAAACUUUUCUCUAAUCCGAACCACAAAGCUUCAUUUUCGACCGAUGCUCCGUCUCCAAAUUAAUUUUGUUUUUGUACGUUAUUUAAUAGUCUUUAAUUUUUUUAAUCCAAAAGGGUCAAAAAUCUGGAGCUUUGUGAUUCCUCUCUCUCUAUUUUUCUUUUAAAGAUCAGCUCUGAAAACUGCGUAACACUAAAACAUGCACACUGUUUACAGCCUGGACUGUUGUUACAUUUAAAUAAUACGACUUUUUUAUCGAAGAAAUUGUGAAUUUCACUUUCGGACACUAACCUCAACAAUUUUUUAGCUCAACUCGAGAACGACAGGACACAGCCAUGAUCCAGUAAACGCACUUGAGCAGGAAAUCGGUCAGUUUUAUUCACGAUAAAGCAGCUUUUUUUGUACAUCCUGUCUUCUCCGUUAUGUUACCAAAGUUGUGACACAACUGGAGCUCAGAUGAUUCCCCGUCCCCUCGCUGUGAGAAUCAACUUUCCACUGGCGCAGAGAGGGAGGGAGGUUGAACUCGUCUGAUUUUUGUAUAAAUGAUAUCUAGGAGGGAGGAGCAGACCUUCUCUUUGUGUGCCUUCAUCGGUAGAAUGUACUAGGUGAUGAUCGGGUGGAGGGUGAAGGGAUAUUUGGGGGUUUAACGUUUUUUAAAGAUAAAAAUUGCACAGUGUACGACGAGCACUCAUGCCUCUGUGUCCUCAGAGUCGCGGAUGAACUACUGAUCAAAACGCCUCUUUUCUUUUGAACAGGAAAUCCUUUUAGAGCUUCUUGGUAUAGACGUGUUUUUAUAUGGUUUCUAAUUUUUCUGUGUAUUAAAAAUCUAGUUUUCUAUGUAUGUGUAUGUGAGCGUGUGUAAAUGUGUGUGUGUAUGUGCAGUCUAUAAAUAUAAAUAUAUAUCAGUGAGGCUUUUUUCUUGUUUGGCACUUUACAGAAACCGCUGUGUUCGUCUGAAUUUGAAUGUUGAUUCUGUCGAUUGUGAUCCAGCUACCUGUUUGUCAUCUGAUUAAUAAAUGGACAAGUGUUUUAAAGGUUAACUCCGCUGUGUUGUAUUUCAUUUACAGCUACUGUUGGGAGUUUUUGUUUGGUUAAGAAACUGAAGUUUAUGAGCUACAAAAGCAAACAAGAUGAUAAAGAGCUAAAUUAAUGAUUUAGGUGACAGGAAAAAUAACUACAGUCUGCAGCUUUAUUUAAAACUCCCCUGAUGAGUUUUUUGAAGUAUAAGAAAUACACUUAAAUACAUAUUUAUACCUUUUCAUGAUGUAUAAAAGCAAACAAGACCACAAACAAUUUCCAUAAAGUGGGUAGGUGUCAGUGAAACAGCUUUGUUUCUUCAUUUUAUGCAUAAAAUAUUCACUAAAUGAUCCGUACAACUAUCUUUUGUGGCCCCUGUCUCUUUUAAAAAUGCAAUGCAACAUCAAAUUCACAAUAUUUGCAAAAAAAAAACUAAACAAGUUUAUCAGUUUGAACAUCAAAUAUUUUGUAUUUGUAGCUAGAAAAGGAUUUGCAAAUCAUUUUAUUCUGUAUUUAUUACACAAUUAUCCAAACUUUAUCUGGAUUUAGGGUUUUGAUAAUUGUUUCACUGAACACCAGAUGGAGACUCAGUUUAGAGUUUGAAGAUCCAGGUAACUCCAGGUGACCGAAACCAGCUGUGACUGGUACAAAAGUUUUUGACAAGUCUUUUUUAAUUGUUUUAGAUAAUUGGUUCAACAUUUGUGUGGAUAAGGGGAGCAAAGCUAUAACAACAUUACAAAUAAAUAGUUUGCAGCAGCGAGCCUAAUAUUUCAGUCACAAAUCUGUUAAAGAAGAAUCUUUUUGUGGUUUAUAUACAAAAAAAACCUUGUAAUAUCAGUCAAUAAAUAUUAAUUAUUGAUUAAAUUUCGGAAUAUCACGAUAUCGUUGUGUUUUCGUAUGCCCGUGUAGUCGACAUUUUACAUUUUUUAACGGUCCGCUCGUUCUGAAUUUAAACAAAGCCGUUCUCCACCUCUCUGACCUGAUUGGUUGUGAGGCGGACGCUGCUUAGUGCUGAUUGGUUGUGAGGCAGACAAUCCACGAAUAACGUUCACGAUCUCAAACAAACGUUAGCAUGCUACAAUAUCGGACAGUAGAAACCGACCAAAAAGUACGGAAAACUGUCCGAAUCCUCCCUUGGCCACGACUGCCAACACAAACAAGAAAACAAAGUAAAUACCGGAGACUCUGGCAGAGUAACGGGCGCUUAAAAAGGAGGUAGACCGGACAAGAGCUAAAAAGCCGGGUCAACGUCGUCGUCAACGAAGCUAGCAUAAACAUGGGGGACGCUUCGGGAUUUUACAGACCCUGUAUCUUUUCUGCUGGACAGGUAAACGGCUUUAACCGUCCGUUUGCAUCUACAGUAGCACCAAUGCUUAUACUAUCACGUUGACUGAGCCCCGUUUGUAAUUAUCUGAAGUAAUUAUCUGCAUUAUAUCUGAAUUUAAUUAAGACGAUACGAGCGGGCAGGAGCGUCUGUUUGUGGGCGGGGCUAGCUGGAGCAGAGAGGGUAGAGUUUACCUUCAAGGUUUGUCCAAAAACUGGCACUUCCUCAGAUCCUGCCUACCCCACUUUUAAAGGGAUAUUCCAGCGUAAAAUUAAAUGAGGGUCAAACACACACUAACAGCGAUUUAGACACCCCCUCGAGAGAUGAAUGUUGCCGACCGCUUGCUUCUCUAGUAAUACCACAAAUAAUGCUCAGAACAGCACCUAACUUCAUCAACAGUACACAUAGGGUCCCAGCCAUAGUACUUGCCAUCAAACAUCUUUUUAACUUUGACUAAUUUCUUUAGCAAAGAGACUAAACACAACUCAGCUACCCUCUUCCAGCAGCCACUUGUUUGUAGCGAGACCUUAGGCCAGUCCAUUACGGACUACAACUUAAUUUUAUGCCGGAAUGUCCCUUUAAAGCUUCAAGUUAGACCACUUCCUUCCAUGGUUAAAAUUUCACUAAGAAUAAAUACAUAAAAACAGAACUUUUUAUUUAAAAAGUUUAUACUCGUCACUGCAUAGACCUCACUGCCUAUAAGAGAUGAUAAAAAAGCUGUCUAAGAAAUCAUCAGCUGUGACUGUCAGCAAACUCUACUGCCCUCUAGUGGCCUUAAUCUGAUACUGCGCUGAGGUGAUGCUGGUUCAAAGAAUAGGUGAUUAAUUAAAGAAAAAAAUUCUUAUGCUCUUAGUUAAACUAAACAAACCAGAUACUGUUUUUUUUUUUUUUUAUUGAAGUUAAAAAACUAAAACUCUUAUUUCUCUCAUUUCACUAAAGAGUGAAUAUUAGAUUCAAAUGUACCCAACUGGUAAAAACACAAAUUAAUUCAAUAAUGCUUUCUAAUCUGGUAUUUACAGAAAAGGAGACACAUUUUCACCUGUUUGCAUUUAUUACAUAUCAAAACAUGAGUUUCAGUGGUUAAAAAAACUGACAUUUACAGGCGUUUCAUCAGCUUACUGACUGAACUGUUGGCUAUAAACUAAGAGUGAAACCCUGAUAAAGAGUUUAAAAAACAUCCAUGAGAUUAACAAUCAACAUAAAAGCCAGAAACAAUUAAAUAUAUUAAAAUGCAUUGUGCAAAUUACAAACAGACUGACCCGACUUUAGUCUGAUCACAAACAUACAAAUGUUGUGUUCACUUUGCUUUCUUUUUGUGUUUACUUAUAUGAUGAAUUUUGGUUUACUGACCUGUUAAACCCCCUCAUGUACUAAAAUUAAACAUAAAACCUACAGGGAUCAGUGGCACGUUAAAAUUAUGAGUUAGAUUUUAGAGUGCAUUUCAAGUUUUAAACACUUUUAUGGUACACUGGGUUCAUCGAAAGUCUGGCCCGAGAAUGUGGGUAAUAAAAAAACAAAUAAAACCGUGCGCGAUAGGCCAGCUGUGAGAUACCGUCAUAAACUGUAUGUAGAAAGAGGGGGUUUUGUACUUGAAGAGGGCCUGAGUGUGCAUGUGUAAGGACCCCAGCCUGGCCAGGGGUUUGAACCAACAACCUUCUUGCUGUGCGGCAACAGCAUAACACAAAAAACAACACAAACUACGGAUAAAGACCUUAAAAUUAAGCUUAAAUUAGAUUAAAUCGAAAUUGCAACAAGUAGAAUUACUCUCGUCUACUGCAGACUGCAACCCCUUUAAAAUGAGCUGCAGUUCCCAAAGCGUCCACUAGGGGCUAGAGCCAAAAACUGAUGAAUCCUCAUAAGAGUGCAUAUUGAAAUCAGUGAUGUCCUGAUACAACUUCUUUACCUCUGAUAUGUUACAGAUAUUACAGCCUUUAGUAUCGGCCAUUAGAUGUUAGAUAUUCAGAUGUUUUUUUUAUGAUAUCGAACUGGUAUCCGAUAUCAAUAUCGUAUCGUAAGAGAAUUACACGUUCACAGGCGUUUGUGUUUCGAUUAUAUUAAAUCAAAGUGUUGUGCAUGAGUGGGCGUGGCCAAUUUGACAGACAGGUGGGUGCUCUGUAGCCGCUUCCAAGGAGCAUUUUUAACAUGAUGAUGGUCCAUGUUUAAUAGGUAGAGUUACCCCCUACUGGUCAUUCAAAGUAAUGCAGGUUUCAAGGCAUAGGCGCUUUUUACAUACAGUCUAUGCAUCCCUGUUAUUUGUCUCCUGUAUGAAUGCAGAUGAAAUGCCUCACUUUGUGAGCGUUUAGUAGUUUGUGACUUUAGUGCAAACAGCAAAAAGAGCAAAAACAACAUUCAGGCACCAUGAAGCACACUUCAGUUAUUACAACACAUUCAGAGAAAAUUCUUUAGUUCUUCUCGGUAAGUUUCAGUGAUUAUUCAGACGUCUUUAAGUGUUAAAAAAAAAGUGGCAUUCAGGAAAAAAAAGUCAGUCUCGGUACAAAAGAGGUUUAAAAAGUUCAGAUCCACUUAAAGAGUGUCAGUGAUUUCAGCCCUCUCAGUGCUGCUUCUCUGCUGAUCUUUGGUCAAGUCCCAGCAACAAAGAUGAGGAAAAACCUCCUACAGACCACCUCCAUGCCUCUGGAGUCCUGUUACCUGGAGGUCUGAGGGCCCAACAGUACCUGUACCUGUAAUAACCCGCCCUUAGACAGUUUUAAAGUAGCAGGGGUGUGUGUUCUCCAGCUGACUCGCUCCUCCUGGUGAGUUGCCGUGCUCGGGCCAGGAUGCGGUUCGGCAGUGGGGGGAAAUGGUGGCUAGGGUCCAGGACGUUGGUUUUGCGGCGCUCGCGCUCCUGCAGCCACAUGAGAUACGGGCUGGGCGGAAAGAAUGGGCGAGUUCGCUCUCGAUAGAGCUGCAGGACGAUCCCCCCGACGCCGAGGACCACCCAUACUGUGAUCAUGGCGUAAUCUGGAUGAGGAGGAAGAGGACGAAGAGGACUUGUUGAGAUGAGAUCAGAGGUUGGAUGGACAGAUGAAGAGAGUCGGGGUUUUACUCACCUAUGAUUUGAAACGGCACGUCUGUGAACACGGCGCUGAAGUUGUUGUUGAGGAAGCGUUUGAGGAUGUUCAGGGCGAUGUAGGAGAGGCUGGUGUAGAUGUAGGCGUUUAUGGCCAGGAUGACGGCGUACGCGCCGACAAUACCACACGUGACGAUGUUCCCCUGUUAAAGCAGCAACAGAUUCAAUGACUCUUCCAGGCCGCCCGUGGCUGUACAAGACGAUGAUAGGUCGGUUUAUGAUGCUUAAUGAUGGAAGAGUAAUGGACAGAUACUAUAACCUGUGUAACAUUUUGGUACUACCACUAGAGGGCGCCAGAGUCAGCUGUUUGAAGUGUAAACUAACUGAGUGAAGAGGGUCUAAGAGUUCAUUCAGUUACCUCUCGGGGCCAGCGCACAAAGAAGAGUGGAACGAUGACCAUGAUGCAGCAGAACGUCACCCAGAAAACCACAUCAGAGUGCCUGAACACGUCCAGAUCACCUG